CUCUGCCUGGCCAUGAGAAUGGAGCAUAUGCAAUUGCAUACGAACCAAAUAAUCAAUUAUUAUUUUCAGGCGGGAAACAUGGAGAAAUUGGUAAAAUCCUAUUUGAUGUAUAUCUGCUCAGUUACUAACCAUGUUUAUAGUUAUAUCUGAUAUAAGACAACGCACAACUGCACAUACUUUCUCAGCACAUCAUUCUAGAAUUCGUUCUAUUACAAUUGAUACAGAAAAUAAAUUGCUUGUAACAGGAUCAGUAGAUGGAGAGCUAAAGGUAUAUACGAAAAGCAUUAUUUUAUUUUAUUAUAAUAUUUAUUUUUAUAGAUAUGGGAUGCCAGUACAUAUAAACUUCAAAAAUCAUUCGAUAUUCAACCGAGAAAUCGACUCCUUGCACCAUCUUUUAAUAGAAUCCCUGUAUGUAGACAUGAAAUAAUGAAAAAUUUAACUGCUAGCAAAACAUAUACAUAUACUUAUACAUAUAUAUAGUUGAAAGC